AUGACUAUGCUCAUGAUGGAACGUUUAGUGUCGCCCGCUCACAAGCCUCAGGAGUUGGUGCUUUCUGAAAAGGAUAUCUAUCUUCAACAAAAGAGGAUCUCGGAGGAUUCUAGAGAUAUGGAGAUGUGCGAGGAAGAUGACGAAGAUUUAAACGUGGACGUCGAAAACGAUGAAAGUUUAUUGUGUCCAGUAGACUUAACGCGUAGAGAAAAAUUUCAGUUUUGCAAUAAAAGUGACUCACACAGUGACUUUAGCAGUUUUAAAGAAGAACUUAAACGAGCAGAAAGUGUUUGUAGUGAUAUGAGUAGAAGUAGAAGUCCUAUCAGAGACCCGAGUCCGUCGGUAGUGGUGUCUCAUCCACAGAGACGGUUAGCGUUUUCAGUGGAGAACAUUUUAGAUCCGAAUAAGUUUACGGGAAGACAAGGGAUGUUUAGCGACGGAAUUUGUUGCUGGAAGCCGCUAGAGUCAUCUAGGGAUUCAGCGGAUUUUGAUGGAAGUGAAACAGGUAAAGACCAUCAAUCAGACGAUGAGGACGAUAUCCGCAGCGACAUUAGCAGUGAAGACCUCAAGGAUCCCAACUGCAAAAAGAAAAAAGGUGACUCCAAAUCCCAAAGCGCCGGAAAACCCAGACGAGCGCGAACGGCUUUUACCUACGAACAAUUAGUUGCGCUUGAGAACAAAUUUAAAACUACAAGAUAUCUAAGUGUAUGCGAAAGACUCAAUCUAGCUCUAAGUUUAAGCCUAACCGAGACCCAAGUAAAAAUCUGGUUUCAAAAUCGUAGAACCAAGUGGAAAAAACAAAAUCCCGGUAUGGAUGUGAACAGCCCGACAGUGCCUCCACCAAAUGUUGGUUCAGGGAGCGGUUUCCCGGGAUUUCCUGGACACCAUACUCAUUCGGGACUUUUAUAUUCACAUCACGUUCCUUAUGGGGGAGUAUAUCCUCUGCAAGCAACAAGUUCAGGGGGCUAUACACCAUAUUUUCACCUAGCGAAUCACGGGCAUAAUUUGGGAUCGUGAAAGUGAAUACUUGAUUUUGUAAAAUUUGUAUAAAUUUGUAUAAAUACUUACCGUAUUAAGAAUUUGUAAUUAUUAAAUUAAUGAAAUGUGGUUGUGCUUUAAACUACCUAAAAUUGAAGUUUCAUGUAAAUAUUUUAUAGAGACAUUAGUUCUCGUUUACUUACAGGGUGCUGUCAAGCUAUUGCCUGAAAAUGCACGGGGUCCAUUUUAUCAGUUACCUUUUAAAUCUAAAAUCAUAAUGAUAUGUUUUCAUAAAAUUGAGUACAUAAUGUACCUACCUUUUUUAACAGAAAUAAUUUAACCAAAAUUUAUUUAUCAUAACAUAUUGUUGAAAUUAAAAUCGGUUUAGUCAAGCCUACUAAAAAAUUUCAUAAAAAUUUCUGGGU